UUUCAAUUUUUUGAACUUACUUGUGCCAACUUCCAGGAUUUGAUUCAAAAUUACGUAGAGGAAUUGUGCGAUAGUUGGGGGAUUUACUGUGUUACUUCGUCAAAUUUGAUUCUGCAACACUAAUACGGACACAUUGGCUGCAAAUCUGAAGUUAGCACGUCGAAACGCGAUUCAGAUGCCGUACAAUUUCUGAACGUGUUCAUCGGGAACGCGGUAAAGUUUUUUGUAUGAGUUGAAUGCUGGUUGCGGAUAAGGGGAGGCGAAGGGAAGGCCCGUGAAGCCUCGGCUGUGGAGUGGCAAUCAUGGCCGGAAAUUUUGACGCUGAAGACCGUGGAAGCUGGUUUUGGGGUAGAUUAAGUCGACAAGAGGCUGUUUCUCUGUUGCAAGGACAAAGGCAUGGGGUUUUCUUGGUGAGAGACUCAAUUACAUGCCCUGGCGACUACGUGCUGUCCGUUUCAGAGAAUUCAAAAGUCUCGCAUUAUAUAAUCAACAGCAUCAACAACAAUCGUCAGUCUGGUCCAGGUCUGGCACCUCCUCGCUUUCGCAUCGGGGACCAGGAGUUCGAUGCCCUGCCUGCUCUCCUGGAGUUUUAUAAGAUCCACUACCUUGAUACCACCACACUAAUUGAGCCCAUCAACAAGGCCAAGCACUCGUCUUACAUCAGCAGCGCUGGGUGUGGGCCGCCCCUUCGCCAAGAGGAGGAGCUGGUGCGGGCGCUCUUCGACUUCCCCGGCAAUGACGAGGAGGAUCUUCCAUUCCGUAAGGGGGACAUUUUGCGGGUGCUAGAGAAGCCCGAGGAGCAGUGGUGGAAUGCCUCCAACAGCGAGGGCCGUGUGGGCAUGAUCCCCGUGCCGUACGUGGAAAAGUACCGCUCCGCUUCGCCCACCUCGGCCGCGCUGGGCGGAGGGGGACCGGGUGGGGUGCCAAACACGGGCACCAACGAUGGCCAAAACAGCCAGGCCCCUCCUCUGCUUGGCGAACCUGGUCCCUAUGCCCAGCCCACGCCCCUACCCAACCUCCAGAACGGGCCGGUCUUUGCCAGGGCCAUCCAGAAGAGAGUGCCCAAUGCCUAUGACAAGACUGCCCUGGCUCUUGAGGUGGGUGACAUGGUUAAGGUGACCAAGAUCAAUGUGAACGGCCAGUGGGAGGGUGAGUGCAAGGGCAAGCGUGGCCACUUCCCCUUCACACACGUCCGGCUGCUGGACCAGCACAACCCCGAAGAUGAACUAAGCUGAGGCUACUGCGUGGACCCUUCCCCUUUCCUGUGACACCCCCCCUCCCCCCUUCUUCCCCACCCCUCCCCCCUCAUGCUCCCACUCCUCCACUGUCACUCCCCACCAUCCUCCUUGCCCCCCUCCCUCAUGGCCCACACUCACUGCCUUCUCCCCCGCACCACGCACUCACUGCGUCACACGUGUGCGCCCUCACCUUAACGUCCGCCGCCUCACAUGUGUUUUAUCUGCUUCGGGUCUGCGCUCUAGCCUGGCCCCCAUAACUCACACACUUUGCGUAGAAGCUUAGGCGUCCACUUAGGCGUGUUUUGGAGCCCCCUGAUGGAUUGAUGUAUUAUCCAAUGAGAGGUAAGAGAAACAUAAGAGGGGUGGAGUGUGGAGUGCACCUCAAGACUGGGGACGAGUGCGGCUGGGGACUGAGGUAAGCCGUUCCUCCUGUGACUGUAAACGCUGAAGAAACGCCACACACUACAUGUGCCGGCCUACUGGAAGGAGACAUUACAACCAGAGGCUUUGUCCUACACUACAAGCUCACAACCAAGUUCAGACAAGGUUCUAAUGAUCUUGCGCAAAAAAGAAGUAACACAAGGAUGUACUGUCAUGAAACAUUAGGUAUUAAUAUGUUUACCAUUGAGCUAAAGAAGAGUCCCAUUUCCUUCAUUCUGACUUGUUCACUCUAAAAGUGUUCAGUUUUGAUGCACUGCUCUGUGUUUUUUUUCUUUUCUUUUAAUCUUGUGGAUAAAAAUUGAGCCCUGAACAAUGAGAAAUACCUGGGGGGUGGGGGGGAAGAGCUGUUUAUGAUUCAGCGUUGGACAAUACUGGGAAAGAUAAUUCUGAAGUCGUAUUGCGGUCGCAAAUGUGCUGCAAUGAAAAGUGCACACAAGUCAUAUUAAAAGAUCUCGGAACUGAUUGCCUGGCAGAUACGGAAGGCUAUUGCUCAGGUUGAAUGUAAGGCAAUGAGGUUUUGUUUUGUGUGAACUUCCUUCCCUUGGCGUUGGCUUUCCUGGACUCAUUUGUACACGUUAUAGGAAAUAAUCUUCCCAACUCACAAUACAUGAUGUAGGAUUUCAUGAAGUUUGAAAAUAACAACUGUUAUGUCACUCAUACACUACUUAACCCCUCACUCCCUUUUUAUUUGCACAUAUAACAUUUCUUUUGAGUGAUACAAAGCACCCUGUGGUCUGACCAAUCACAUUUGUUUCUGCCAUGGUGUUCUUUCACGCCUGUCAAGUGCAGUAGUGGCUCGUCAUUGUAAGUGCCAGCUUGUGGAAGCCGGACAUUUUGUGGUUUGUCCUGGUACAUGUUAGAAGAUCUCAGCGGUCCUAGAUUUGCGGCAUGGCUAAAUUCAUCCGACAUAAAAUCAUUAAAUGUGCUUGUUCUACAAUUUGAAAAAUAAAUUAGACAAUCACUUGGUUGUAAUCACAGAAACAAAUGUGAUAUAAUCUGAUAGACCGCGUAGAUUAUCUGCCCUUUUUUUUUGCCUUUUUAAUGAUAUAGUAUGGAUAUUUGGAACUUAAAUGUCAAAGGUUAAUAUUAAGUUUAAGGUUGAUGUUAAUAUGAACACUAUCUGAUGAAAAGUCUUUCAGAAACCAAUUAUGGACGUCCUCAUCAGUCAUUUGUAGCGUUUUGCCUACCCCCAAUCUUGGCAAAUUAUUUGUAAUUGAAUUUUGAGUGAGAAUCUUGCCCUGAGAGUAAUGUGUGCUGCUUUGUUUAUCGUGACAUGAAGAUCGAAAGGGCUUGAGAGACUGCUUUAUCAAGUGAAUCUUUCCACUGAACUUAGUUGUGUUGUCUGUCAAUUAAUCUGAAGGAAACAGAAUGAAAAACGCUUUUUUUUUGUCCUCACAGUUUACAACCUUUUUGUUUUCACUUAAAUAUGUCACCUAUUUGUGCCAAUGUCUUUAUGGUAGACAUCUUUUUGUUGCCAUAUACCCUGAACUUAUGUGACCUUGGUGUUGUCAAUGAUCAUCUAACCCUUAUCACCGCAGAUUCUUUCUCUUGCUAGUGGCAGCCUGAAUCUCCUUAGUGCUGAACCAUGCUACAUUUUUGUAAAGAAAUUGUGCCUAAUAUUUUAUUUUUUAUUUUCCAUUCCUAAAGAAAGCAGUCACAACCUGCUUUAUGGCACAGUACCUUUAACAUAAUUAAUUUAUCUGAGAAUUAUGGAACAUACAGUAAUACAUUAAUUCCAGUUUCUGGUGACAAGGAUUCACUUGUGACAAAGAACACAGAAGGCACAGACCAGAGAGUCCUAAAUUCAGCAGCAACUGACCAAGAACAGUUACGUUGACUCCUUUUAUUUGUGGCGGACACAUUUUCAUGCAUGCCCAUGUUUCUUGUAAUCAUUUUAUUCCUUCUGUACCUGUCAAUCAUGCCUACAAUUUAAAUAUGUUAAAGCAUCAUAUUUUAAUUAUGUGUUUAUGUAAGUUCAUUACAUUUGGAGGGAUGGGGAAGAGUUAACCUUAAAAAUGUCAGUAUGUUAAUAUCAAAAUGUGCCAUUGUAUUAAACACUAUAUUCUUUCAAAACAAUUUUAAUUUGACCCGUUUGUUUUCUGUAUCAUGUAAUUUGUUCAAAUACAUAGUUAAUAAAGUGUUGCUAAUG